CGUCGGUCGAGAAGAAGUUUUUUUAGCAUAGAGUGGUUGUUUGGUGUUGGAUUUACGUUAGCUGGUGUGUGCUGCUGCCACCAUCAUCGCGGAUCGCGGAGAUCAUCAUCAUUCGGUAGCGUAUUAGAUUAAACGACGACGACUAUACGACUACGACUACGGCGACGAGUUGGAUCAGAAGAGCAGAAGAUGAGAGAGGUUCGUCGUCGUAGCAUUCCUCUCGACGACGGUGGCGGCCAAGACCACUAGUCAUAUGCAUAAGUACGUGAAAUCCAUCUUUGUACUAUGUGCUCGCGUAUGUCCUAGUCUAAGCAGUGAUUGCCGAUACCGGUGUGUUGUGUGAUGUUACGGUACGUUACGUUAGGUUAAGUAUACGUUACGUUGAGCAAAAGUGUUGUAUUCGGUUGUGUUUCGUUUCUUUAUCUUUUUUAAUCGCUCAAAAGUGCUCCAAAUCGAGGUGUUUUCUAUGAUUACGUAAAAUGCGCGAAAAUCGAGUUUCAUCGUCGAGUUAGUUUCAAUAAAGCUCGAGCUUUUGGCUCAAUUUUUUUCGAAUAGUGUGAUCGCGGUGCAUUGAGCUGCACCUAUAGUGUCAUCCUCCUAAGCCAUCAACAUACAACUCGGAGGAUUCUCAGGACCAGUCAUGGAUGAAUUUCACCCAUUCAUCGAGGCACUCCUGCCAAACGUGAAAUCGUUUUCCUACACCUGGUUCAAUUUGCAAGCAGCCAAACGAAAAUAUUUCAAGAAGCACGAAAAACGCAUGUCGUUAGAGGAGGAGCGGCGCUGUAAAGAAGAAUUAAUGAAUGAAAAACCAGAAGUCAAACAGAAGUGGGCUUCUCGUCUUUUAGGCAAAUUGCGUAAAGAUAUCACGCAAGAGUGUAGAGAAGAUUUUGUACUUAGUAUUACCGGAAAGAAACCAGCAAUGUGUGUACUUUCGAAUCCAGAUCAAAAAGGAAAGAUGAGAAGGAUAGACUGUCUACGACAAGCUGACAAAGUCUGGCGAUUAGAUCUAGUUAUGGUGAUAUUAUUUAAAGCAAUACCUUUAGAAAGUACAGAUGGCGAACGCUUAGAAAAAUCUCCUGAAUGUACUCAUCCUAGUCUAUGUGUUAAUCCUUACCACAUAAAUGUAUCCGUCCGGGAACUUGAUCUCUAUUUAGCUAAUUACAUUAAUAGCCAUGAAACUUUAAGUGGCAUUUAUGACAACAAUAAUGAAAAAGGCUACUCGCAUAAUCCGUACAACGGAGUUGUAUGCAAUGACACCAUUCUAGCAACCGGAGUAUUUUCUUCCAAAGAGCUGUGGAGGCUUUCUAAAGCAUCCAUUGUUCAAAAUCCUAACGGUAUGCAGGCGCCUUUAAAUGUAAUUAAAAUCGAAAAUCCGGGAUAUUAUUGUAAUAGUUAUACGCCUCCGGUGUCCGAUCAUACGGCCAUGAUGCCUCCUUCAACUGGUUAUAGUCCUAUGUCGCUGCAAAGAACCCAGAGUCCUAAUGAAAUACGAAAUAAACGUAUGAGAAGGCUGAGCUCGGCCGAGGAAGAAAUGGAACUCAAUGCCAGAGAUAAAACCAACACCGAAGUAGCAUUUUAUGGACAAAGUCCGGCUUCGUUGUCCAGCCAAACUAGCUGGCAUUCUUCCGAUGUUGAACAUGGAUUAUCAGCUCAACACAGCGUUGCCUCAUUAGCUGCCGCAUCAGCAUAUUACGGAUCUGAACAACACAGUCCGGUCAAGUAUCCAGAAAAUGGCCACGAUACGCUUUCAGAUUUCGUCACCUUUGUUUGCCAAGAAGCCGAGAGCACGCAAGGAACUCAAGCUGGUCCAUCGCGAAGUCCGACGAAGUUAACGUAUUACUCGAGUUCGAUGCUACCGCCGCCACCUCCGCCGCCCAUGGCUCGCCCAGUAACGAUAAUUCGAUCAACCGGUGAACUGACAAUUACGACCGCAAAUUCACCACCUACAUCUAUUUCACCUCCGAUUGCAGGUGAACCGUCACCGGGCAUGGUCGACCGAGGGGGUUCUCCGCCGUCUAAUCAAGUUGGACAAUCUGAUGUGCAGCUUGUAACUCCUACAUCUGGUUCUGGUCGCAGCAUAGUGUCCAGUCCGUUCGCCGUUACUAGUCGUGAAUAUCAUUUUUCCCAUAUUCACCCGCAGCCAGGACAGUUAUUUAGCUAUCCUAGCAUCACGUCGGUGGGUGGCAUGUCUGGUGUUAUAAGUCCGACCAAUCUUAGUUUAUUUUCCACUCCGGUUACGGUGAAUUCGCCUCGAGCGUCCAGACAUCCUCAAGUAGUGCAGCCUCCUCGGUGGACUACUCAAAAUUCAUCGUCGGCUCCGCAAUUCAUCGGCUUGGAUGAAGAUUACAUGAUGACUCCGUUGAUGCCUGGUGCAACUGCUGAAGCCAGUGGUACCUUAAUGGAUGACGAAAGGUAUUUCAGUACAGUAGUUCACACAAGCGAAGGUAUGGAAAGUACAGAUGGAAUGGGACCUCCUAAUUCCAACGGAUCGCACACACCUCCCUCAAGAUCUGGAAAUUCACCCAUCAAUAAACAGCAAAACUCGUAAUACAUGUUUUGGGCAGCGUGUUAAUAAAAUUGCAUAAGCUGCGCCGUAAAUACAACGUUUGUAAGUAAGGUAAAUUAACGAAGACUCGGUUGAAUUAAAAAAAAAUAAGAGAUCACUGAAAAUUAUUUCGAAUAACCAAUUCAAUUGGUCGCGAUCUCAUUAAUUGAUAAUUUUCUUUAUUAGAGAAAUAUUUUUGCAGAAAUAUUAACUCGUUUUAAUUCGACUUUUUUUUUACAUUAACAAAUUCAAUUGUGGGAAAGAUGUUUUUUUCUUCUUUUAAAUGUAAGAUCAUGAAUGGAACGAUUAACUGAGUGAAUCAUUUUAACCGAUGUAAAAUAAUUUAUUUAAUUUACUAAAUGCAAACAAAUUGUAAGUAGCAAAUAACGAGAGAAAAAAUAUACCUAUAAUGAAUAUUUUGUAAAUAGGAAUUAAAUUCAGUAUUAUUUUUUGCCACGAACACGAAGGUUAUAUUGAAUUGAUCAAUGGACUGGAAUAUGGCAUUAGAAAAUACUUUUUUGAAAAAUUGUAAAGUAAACCUAUUUACCUAUAGUGAAUUUGCACAUUAGUGUUAUGAAGUAUAAUACCAUUUUUUUCUAGUAGAUUUAGAAUAUUGUUUUGUUAGCGAAUUUUUUUACAAACUCGUUCUUAUAAAAUUCCACUUUUCAAGUGGUGAUAAUUAUAAUUUAUUGUUUACAUGUUUAUUUUUGUGGUGUACGUGAAAUGUUUUUAAAAAUUUGUUAGAUUCCUUCUUUUCUUGUUAUUGUUUUGUAAAUUAAAAUAACUAAGCUUUCGGAUUGUAAAACUGUUUUUUGUGUAAUGUUUAAAUUAAAAAUCUGGAUAAACUAA